AUGCCUCAUAAAAAGAUAGGAAUCAAAGGGCUGGGAUUGAAUAGCCAAGCAAAGGCAAUCAUUUAUAAUGUUACUACAUUAUGUCCUGCAGCUGCGCAGACGGUCUCCUUAACAUUUAAUAUUGGUAAUUGUAGGGAUAGGAUUCUAGCAGCGACGGGUAUAAGCAAAAACACCUUAACCAAAAUAAGAAAAGAAGGUAGAGACGUAAAUAAAAAUGGAGCGACUAGUUUAUCUUUUAAAAGUCCAAAAAGAAAACGUUGUCGUUCCAAAAAAAUUGAAUUGAGCAGUGGACAAGUGAAAACCAUCAAAAAUAUUAUAUACGACUUCUACACCAUCGAGAAAAGAUCCCCUACAAUUAAUGGUAUCUAUCAAAAACUAAAGAACAAACAAAUGGAAUUUCCAGGGUCAAAGGAAACAUUAAGGAAAACGAUAAUUGGAUUAGUCUUUAGGUAACAUAGUGAAAGUAAUUAUUUAGCUUAAAAAAUAACAUUGUAUAAUGGAUAAUGUAUUUUAAAUUGAUAUUUUGUUGACAUCGUUUUAGUUCAACUUUCUACAAUUUACAGUUAUGAAGAAUGUUUUUUCAAAAGUACCAAGUAUUUAUAAUCGAUAAUUUGUUUAGAUUUCGAUUUCCGAAAAACUGUAAACAAAAAA